UGUCUGCCUCCCUGCUUGUCUGUCAGUGUGUGAAGGUUUCCAGCCCUUCUCUCACUCCUCUCCUUAUCUCUCCUCCCGUGCAUCACAGCAGACCUUCUCCUCUCUUUACUCCGUCCCGCCCGCACCUCCUCCUCCUCCUCCUCUUCCUCCUGCUGCACUUUGCUCCUCUUUGCGACGGCUCCCGGGACUGCCGACAGCCAGGCCGCGGUCACUUCAACGUGUCUCCGCUCAGUGUGUGUGUGUGUGAGUGAAAGUGUGUGUGACAGAGAGUGUGUGUGUGAGAGUGUGUGAGUGCGUGUGCGCGCACCCGCCCGCAACCGGUCUAUCCGUGUUAUUUCUCCCACAAUCCCGCCUCGCUCUUCGGUCAUGACGCUGGAAGCGAUCCGCUACCGGGCCGGGUCUCUGCAGAUCCUCAACCAGCUGCUGCUGCCACACCAGACCGCUUACGAUGAGAUCCGCUCGGUGCAGGACGCUUACGAGGCCAUCAAGUCCAUGAAGGUGCGGGGCGCCCCAGCCAUCGCCAUCGUUGGCUGCCUCAGCCUGGCUGUGGAGUUGCGGGCAGGCGCCGGGGGUGAUGACCCUGUGACCUUCAUCAGGGAGUCCCUGUGCCACCUGACCUCAGCUCGCCCCACCGCCGUCAACAUGGGCCGGGCCGCCCGCGAGCUGAUGGAGUUUGCUGAGAAUGAGAGCAUGGAGAAGAACUCGGAGCAGCUCAGAGAAAGUGUAAUUGCCUGGAUCGAAGACAUGCUGGAGCGUGACGUCAAUGACAACAGGAAGAUCGGUAACUAUGGUGCCCAGCACAUCCUCUCCGGCGUUCCGAGGGACUCUGUGACCAUCCUCACACACUGCAACACCGGCUCGCUGGCCACAGCUGGAUAUGGGACUGCGCUCGGCGUGGUGCGAAGCCUGCACGCGCUGGGCAGGCUGAAGCGUGUGUACUGCACAGAGACGAGGCCGUACAACCAGGGGUCCAGACUGACGGCGUAUGAGGCGGUAGCAGAGGGAAUCCCUGCCACACUUAUUACAGACAGCAUGGCAGCCCUCACCAUGAGAGAAAUGGACAUCACAGCUGUGGUGGUGGGCGCAGACAGGGUGGUUGCCAACGGUGACACCGCCAACAAGGUGGGCACAUACCAGCUUGCCAUUGCUGCAAAGCAUCAUGGGAUUCCCUUCUAUGUGGCCGCACCCAGCACGUCAUGCGACUUGAGCCUGGAGAGCGGCAGGGACAUCAUCAUCGAAGUGCGCCCCCCUGAGGAACUCACCAGUAUAAAUGGAGUCCCCAUUGCUGCCCCGGGCAUCGAGGUGUGGAACCCGGCGUUUGACGUGACCCCUCACCAGCUCAUCACAGGAGGCAUCAUCACAGAGCUGGGAGUCUUCCUCCCCUCUGAGCUCCAGGCGGCGCUCACCGGCCGCCUCACUGCCCUCUAGAGCCACUCAGCCCCACCUGCUGGUCCGUGUGCACCACUGCACCUUAAUGUCACACACUCAAAGACACUCUCAUUUCAUCACACAACACAUACACACACACACACACACACACACACACACACACACAGUCAUAGGUGUGGUUGAGUUUUAUUUUGGUCCGCGCACAGUCACUGUAACAUGUCAGUGGUGCACACACAAGAAAAAAAAAGUUCUUCAGUCUCACCCACACACACAUAAUCACUGCAGGGAGUUCAGCAGACACACACAUGCAGUCUCCCCUUUCUUUUAUGUCCCUCUUUGUUUUCUGUGUACUUAACAUUUCACCUUUUCCAAAGUUUUCCGUUUCAUCUUUCAUUCUCUUUUGCCACCUCUUUCUCUUUCUUAAUGGCUUCUGCGACAACGAAUAGCGCUCAGCUGACCUCAAUCCCAUCAAUUCUAUUUGGCAGAAACAAGUAUGAGGUAAUUUUUCAGGGCUUCUUCAACUACAAACAAAAGAAACUUCCAAAAAGUCUAAGUGGCAUGACUGAUUUUUUUUUCUUCUUCUUCUUCAAAGUAGUGUUUUUUAUCAGCCAUGGUUUCUGAAAUGCUGCUACCCACUUGUAAAUAUGCAUAUUCUUGCUGGUAGUGUGUACAUAUGUAGAAACUAACCCCUGCUAGUAAAAGGUACUGCUAUUUUAACCAAAUAUGUGGUUGACUGAAAUUAAAUUUGACAUUAAAAAAUGUUAUAUUAACAUUUAAUUUCUUUUGUUCUGCAUAGAAAUCUUUUGUAGUGGAGUAAUCCAAAUUUAUAGCUCAUAAAUUUUCACAGCCAGAUUUUUAGUGACAUAAAAAAAAUUGUCACUCUCACUUUUUACCCUGUGCGGCAAAAUUAGGAAUUUCUUGAUCGGUUCUCGUUAGUCAGCUGAAGCCUAUGACAAUACAUGGCUGUAUUUAUACCUCACUCUUUGUUUGUAUCUUGCUAUUUCCAGUCGUACUGUAUCAUACCAUGCUUGUAUUCUCAUAAUGUACUUAUAUAUAUGUAACCAUACUUAUUUCAGCACCAUACAAAUAUUCACCAUACUGCACAGGACGCUCUGUAAGGAUGAAAAAUCAAAAGAAAAAAAGGGAAAUUGUGUCAUUUUUGCCAUAGCAGCUUGUGCUUUGAUCUCAGAGGUCUGUUAUGCUGUUGUAUUUCUGUGAUACAGGCAUCACCAUUAAAGGAAUAGUUCACCCCAAAAUGAAAGCUUGGUCAUCUGCUCACUUGCAUGUCAGUCAAGACUUAAUGCUUGUGCAACUACAAAGUAGAUUAUUCUUGUUCUCCUAAGUCAGGCUGAAAUCAUCAUUUUAGAGCCUAGUAAAAUUAUGAAAUGAUAACUUGAUGUAACCGUAUUUCCUAAAGCACUCUGCUUGCCAUUGAAGGGCUCAAUCGAUCAGCAUCAGAACCAUAUAAGAAAAGCUAAAUAUUUGACUUUAAAGCUGCACUAAAUAAUAUUUUUAUAUUAGCAGUGGAAAAACAUUAAAUGUGGUGUCGCUCAGAGUGACUGAUCCACAGAGAAUUCUCACUCAAUUCUCCAGCACCAGUGAGCAUUUUAGCUUCUUUCGGCUCAUUGUUUUGGUUUACUGUCCUGCACCAAACAGUCACAGUUAACAAAUUACUUGUUAAUAUUCCCCUCAGGAGAUAGUGGAGACCAAACGAGUGCAAAUAUUGGGCUUACAUUUGUCAGUUGGACACAAAUACAACUCACAAACAAACCCAAACGAUUAAUUAUGUUCCUCUGUGUCCACAGGAUGCGUAAAUAAGCAACUGUUAGCUAACGUGACUGAACGUAAUAAGGUGGAAAUGAGUCGAUGCUGUGUUUACACCUUGUUGCACUGCCCUCAAGUGGCCAAAAAAGCAACUAAUGCAGGUUUAUAAACCCAUGCUCUUGACACACGGGUAUUUGAAAGUGUUUAGAGAAACAAAAUGUAUUCUACUUUACAGAUUAAAAAUAAAGAUGAUUUUAACUUCAGUUAUUUAGAAGUUCAAGGGAAAUACGAGGCUCACAAGUGUGUCCAUACACACUUGAUGUGGGGAUGAGCGGUAGAUGACUUCACGUCUUUUUUAAGGUGAACUAUUCCUUUAAGGUUGGGGGGGUCUUAUCCACGCUGCAGUAUCUGUCUGCAGAGAGCUCUGCGGCACAUAGUGUGAUGCCACCAACAAUCAGAAUGUAAUAUUCAACUCAGAUGAACUUGUUUUUGUCAGGACAGAUUUCAGACACUCAGUCACUUAUUGCCUUUGUGCUCUGUUCAGAAUGUGUUGCGACUGUUUGGAUCAAUCCCUCCUCAUAACUGAAAUGCUGUUUUACUCCAGACUGACUCCCAUCAGACGACGAUGAGAUCAGGGCCAUGGGCAGUUGAAGACAGGUAGACGUUUAGGACUACAAAAGGGUUUUCACCAUAGUUUUAAUUUCUAUCCCUGUCAGCACAGAGUUUAUUGCUUCUUGAUCCUAAAAGAAAGAACUGAAGCGCAGGAAUUGUUGCGUUCAAUUUUUAGAAGCAGGCUGAAUAUAUGGGAAAAACAAUCUGAUUCGUCUGGUGUUGAGAUGAUUACGAAGUUAAAUUUUAAAAGAAAGAAACUAACUAUUUUGAUAACUAGAGAUGAAAUGAUUCAUCCAUUAGUUUCCAACUAUUAAAUUAUUUGCCAACUAGUUUGACGAUCAAUUAAUUGGCAUGAUUAAUUUCAUUAGACUUAAAAAUCUCUAAUUCCAGCUCCUUAAAUGUGAAGAUUUUCUGGUUUCUUUACUCAUCUGUGACAGUAAACUGAAUAACUUUGGGUUGCGGACAAAACAAGACAUUUGAGGACGUCAUCUUGGGCUUUGGGAAACCCUGAUUGACAUUUUUCACUAUUUACUGAUAUUUUAUAGACCAAACAACUAAUAGAUUAAUUGAGAAAUAAUCGGAAGAUUAUUUGAAAAUGCUAAUAAUCCUUAGUGGCAGCCCUAUUGGUAACAUAAUUGUUAAGCUAUUUUUUAGGCAAAAAUCCAGCUUCGCAAAUGUAAAUUUUUGCUACCUGUCUCAGUUUUUAUAUUAGUCAUUAAUUGCAGUCGUACCAUCAUCACAACCCUUACUCUUAUUCAAAAUUAACCAGCAGCGAGCAGCAACCAGUUUUGAAACUUGACAGUGACGUAAUAUUUACCCAUAACCAGUAGACUGUUAUUGAUUGUGUGAAAGGUGUGUAACUCAGCUCACCUGGCCAAUGAUUGCACAAUGCGUUUGUUGCUCUAAAACAGUCCCAGGUAACUCGAUCUGUACGGGACACACCUACUCGCUGCACUGAAUGUCACAGAGCCAGACUUACCACAGUGCUCACUGCCUUACUGGUGCAGCACCAAUACAUGGCAUCAUGACCGAAGAGACAGCGACCCCCCCCCCCCAGUCCUUUCUUCACCCUGGUUUAUAUCAUGUAGUCAGACCGCCAUCUCGUCAAGCCUGCAGAUAUCUGGAGCUUGUUGAGGCAGAGGUCAGUCUACCUUCUUUACACCCCGUCUGAUCUCAGACACUGCCCUUGUGGACUUUGUCAUUCACUUCAUUCACAGGCGACAAACACAAAACUUUACCUACUCUACAGAACCACUGAGAAGUCGAGAUAAAACACCCCAAAAAUAACAAUAACAUCAAUAAUAGUAACUGCAGUAUCCAUAGUGUCACUGUCCAUAACCUGCUGUAAUAUAAGCUCACUUCUUCCUUCACGUUCAUCUUCCUCCUCUUCGUUUGUCCUCUGUCUACCCAUCAAACCUCAACUCACAAAGAUGCUGUUACUAGGUCACACACGCCGAGCGUAAAAGACACUUGUGCAUUUUCUUCCUUUUGUUUUGUACAGUUUAAGAAAUCACGUGUUUGGGGGCAAAUUUAGACAACGUUCCAGACAUAUGUAGCAACUUUGUGGCCGUCAGACCCGCCACAUUAUUAUUUCUUUCUAUCUUUAAGAGGUACGAGAUUUCUUUUUGUUUGUCUGUACAUCAUGAUUAGAGCUGUGGUUUGUUGUUUUAUUUCAUGACAUUGUGAUUCCUAGUGACUAGGCCAUUAGUACACCACACUGGGGAGGCCUCCUCAACCAUACACACUACCUCUCCGUCUACCUACACGGACUCAAACACUGAAAUGCAUGAACACAUGCACUUAUUGUGCCAGGCUGCAGCGAAGCAGAUUGUAGAGGGAAAAAAAAAAUCUGGACUCAACUUCUCCACAUCUCACUAAUGUUUGUACCGUGAACCCAAAGUGAUAAGUAAUUUGUGGCGGUGCUUUUAGUUUGCCAAAGUAGCCUAGAUUCAGGCUAGUGUGUUAUGUUGGGUUGCAGCUGAGUUGUUUCUGCAUUACGCUAUGUUUUUUACACCAUGCUUUUGAAGCAGCAGCAAUAUAGUACUGUGUUUAAAGAGAUGUUCCACCAAACUCCCCUCGGGACGCCCAACACACGCCGAAUAAUCAGGUGCCAAAAUUCAGCGCUGCUUGCCACGUAUUUUCCACAUUGAUUUAAUUAAUCAAAGCAGGUGUUUGUGUAUUAUUCUCCAUGAUUAUUAUGGCCUGCAGUUACCAUGGAAGGAGUGUUGUUCAGAUGGCCUCUUUAAGUGCAAGUAUGUUAUUGUCGUUAUUGAUAAUCACUUGAUCUGGGUUUAUUUUGUAACAUGUGGAAAUGGUUCAAAACUGGAUUUUUUUAAUAUAUAUGUAUAUGAAUAUAAUGCUGUAAAGUGCAGUCAUGAAUUAAGAGAUUUCUCUUUCACAUCAAUACAGUAAAAAGAAUAAAACCACAGUGA